GCAGCAGCAGCAGCUCCUCCUCGAAAAGCAGCACUUCUCUUCUGUCCACACCCGCUUGGAUUGCAUUCCAUUGCAUUGCGGCGAUUCCGCCUGUAGCUAUUACUAGCUAGCCACCAGAGAGAGAGAUACCUCUCUCUCUAUAUAUACAAUCUCCUCCAUUGCAUUGCUUUGCUCCAAAUAAAUUAAUGUUACACGCACCAGACCACUAGCCACUAGCAGAAAGGAAAUGAGGCAUCGUCAGGAAGAGAUGCACCUCAUCAGCUGCAGCAGCUUGUUGCUCGUGCUCGUGCUGGCCGCAGGCGGCGGCGGUGUAUCUGCUGCUGCUGCUGCCGCCGCCGCCAACACCACGACGACCACGACGAGAUCAUCGACCAAGCCCCAGGCGCCCGCCCUCAUCGUGUUCGGCGACUCCAUCGUCGACCCCGGCAACAACAACGGCAUCAACACCAUCGUCAAGGCCGACUUCCCUCCCUACGGCCACGACUUCCUCAACCACCGACCCACCGGACGCUUCUGCAACGGCAGGAUACCAACGGACUUCAUAGCGUCCCGGCUGGGCCUCAAGGACCUCCUCCCGCCCUACCUCUCCCCUGAGCCGCUGGACAAGCACGACCUCCUCACCGGCGUCAGCUUCGCCUCCGGCGGCACCGGCUUCGACCCGCUCACGCCCAAGCUCGCCUCCGUCAUCUCGAUGCCCGACCAGCUGGCCAUGUUCCACGAGUACCUGGGCAAGGUGCGCGCCGCCGCCGGGGACGCCAAGGCCGCCGAGAUCCUCUCCCGGGGCAUCUUCGCCAUCUGCGCCGGCAGCGACGACGUGGCCAACACCUACUUCACCAUGCGCGCGCGCAGCAACUACGACCACGCCUCGUACGCGCGGCUCCUCGUGCGGCACGCCUCGUCCUUCGUGGAGGACCUCAUCCACGCCGGCGCCCGCCGCGUGGCCUUCAUCGGCAUCCCGCCCAUCGGCUGCGUGCCGUCGCAGCGCACCAUGUCCGGCGGCCCGGAGCGCGGCUGCUCCCGGGGCCACAACGAGGUGGCCGCCGCCUACAACGCCGGCAUGGUCGCGGAGCUGGCGGCGCUCCGGGCGAAGCACCCCGGCACGCUGCUCGUCUUCAUGGACAUCUACGGCUUCCUCUACGACAUGAUGAUGCACCCGCGCAGCUACGGCUUCACGCAGGCCACCAGGGGAUGCUGCGGCACGGGCCUCCUGGAGGUCUCCGUCCUCUGCAACGGCGUCACCUCCGCCGUCUGCGACCCCGUCGCCGACUACCUCUUCUGGGACAGCUACCACCCCACGGAGAAGGCCUACAAGAUCCUCGCCGACUUCGUCUACGACAACUACGUCAAGCUCAUCAUCUGAUGAUGAUGGAUUUAUUAUUAUUCCCCAUUCCGUUUCCGUUUCCAUUGAUGAAAUUUAAUUAUUCCCUCCUUCAAUUCCUUUUCGAUCUCUACCGGACCCACCCGACCCCUGUCUGCUGCGUCUGAUUCAUUUCUUUCUUUCUCCAUUUGUUUUGUUAUUACCACUGCUAGUACUCUCUCUCUCUCUCUCUCUCUCUUCAUCGAUACCAGCGAGAGAUUUCAUGUUUUUUGCUAUAUAUAGUCGCCUGGUCCUUGAUUUCCAUGGAUCUAGCUCCUCUGAUCUGUUUCCUUCCUCACUGAUGCAUGUUGUUCUUGCAUGUGUGUCAACUGUAGCUACUACUGUACUGUAUCAGUGUAUCUAGUAGCUAGCUCGCAAGUAGCAGCAAGUACUACAAAUUAAAUCAUAUAUAGGUGGUUGCUGUGACCGCCUUUAAUUUAAUACAAAACUUGGACACAUCGCAA